UUUCUUUGCACAAAAUGAGCAGGUUACAAAUCCAGUAACCUUCAUGUGAAUUAUCCAAACAACUUCAAACACUUUUUUUUUUUAAUAAGGAAGUUUCAAGUCUGGUCUUGGCCAAAAUGAGUGAAACUCCUUCCACCAGUUUUUCCAUGAUCCAUCCAACUUCUUCUGAAGGUCAAGUUCCUUCACCUCGUCAUAUGAGCGUCAUUCAUCCUGUUGUGGCCAAAAGGAUAAGCUUCUACAAGAGUGGAGAUCCACAAUUUGGAGGGGUCAGGGUCGUGGUCAACCCUCGUUCCUUUAAAAGUUUUGAUACUCUGUUGGAUAACUUGUCAAGAAAGGUACCUUUACCUUUUGGGGUGAGGAACAUCAGCACCCCUCGAGGAAGGCACAGCAUCACGUCUCUGGAGCAGCUGGAGGACGGUGAAUCCUACCUGUGCUCCCACAGCAGGAAGGUGCAGCCUGUGGACCUGGACCAGGCCCGACGGCGCCCACGGCCCUGGCACAGCAGCCGAGCCAUCAGUACACAUGCACACCACUCCCCCGCCGCCACUCCCAGCCUGCUGCACACCCCGCGGAGGCUUACAGUUUUCAGAAACGGCAACCCGAAAACCCAGCACGUGAUUCUUCUGAGCAGGAGGCUCACCCAGAGCUUCGAGGCCUUUCUGCAGCACCUGACAGAGAUCAUGCAGUGCCGCAUAACCAAGCUCUACUCCACUGAUGGAAGGAAGGUUCCCAGUCUCCAGGCGGUGAUGCUGAGCUCUGGAGCUGUGGUGGCAGCUGGAAGGGAGCCGUUUAAACCAGAGAAAUAUGAAAUCCAGAAGUACUUGCUUCCUGGCAGAUUACCAGGGUUCUCUCAUCGUGUGUAUGCCAAGGGAUAUACUAGGUCAGAAAGCAGGAAGAUAAGCACACGUAUGCCUUCAAGUCCAAGGUCCCAGAUUUAUUCUGCUUCUUCUGACAAAAUGCAUGAUAAUGAUCACUAUGCAAACUGUUCCUUUGCUCCUGAAAAUAGGUUGGCCUUAGAAAAAAAGGAUUCUCAGAAUUUACUGAUAUAUCCUUCUGAAGACAAUAUUGAGAAAUCAAUUAUUUUUAAUCAAGAUGGCACUGUGACAGUUGAGAUGAAAGUUCGAUUUAAGAUAAAAGAAGAGGAAACCAUGAAAUGGACAGCCAAUGUCAGUAAAUCUGGUCUUUCUAAUAAUGACAAAGACCAUGAGAUAAGCAGUUUUCCAGUAAGAGCAGAUCUUUCAUCUGGUAAAAAGAUUGAAACAUACUCAUUUUCUGCUGAUGUCUCACCCCUCGAGAAGGACAAUAACCAAGAGGACAGUUUGGUAGAGGAGAUAAACACUCAAAUGACAGAUCGAGAGGCUGAAACUUCUAGUACAGAGAAUGCUGCUAGGGACACAAGUGCUAUUCAGGGAACUCAGGGUCAAGAAGAUCAUCAUUUUUAUAGGCCUCCUACACCUGGUCCAAGGAGAGGGAGACAAAAGAAAUCUGUGAUAGGGAGUGUGACCUUCCUAUCUGAAACUGAAGUUCAAGAGAAAAUGAUCGGACAAUUUACCUAUGGUGAAGAAAGGAAAGAUGGGGAAAACAAAUCUGAGUAUCACUUGUUUACACAUUCUUGUAGUAAAAUGUCAUCAGUAUCUAAUAAACCAGUAUUUGUUCAGAUAGAUAACAAUGAGCAGAUGGAGUCAUCUUUAGAAAGCAAAAAGGAAAGCAGAAAACUCAAGUCAAGUGCAAUAAGUGCUGGUGUUAUAGAAAUUACAAGUCAGAAGGUUUUAGAGAUGUCCCAUAAUAAUGGCUUAUCAUGUACUAUACCAGGAAACUUAAUUGUGGAAAAAGGUAUAGUUGAUAGUGUAACAUCAGACAACAAAACUGAUAUCAAGAACUUAAGAAAUUGUGGUGGCACCAGUGAUAGGUUCCAUCCUGUUUCUGCAGAUGCAAUUCAUUCUUCAAGUAACUCUGGAAUUGACAGAGCUCUUUCUGAGACUCCAGCUUCAGCAAGAUCUUCUCCUGUCAUCAGAAGAAUUGAUGGACAAAUUAAUAAAUUUGUUCAGUGCAGUUUGUCAAAAUUUCCAGAAAUUGAAAAGCAGAUUGCGUCAUCUGCUGUCAGAAAAAAGAAGACAAAAUCUCAACAGCAAAUGAUAAAUUAUAGGCAUCAGGGUGGGGAGAUUACAACUAAACAAAUCCCUUAUAAGAGUAAGAACAUAAACACAAGAAGUAGAGUUGCACAGAAAACCAUAUUGCAGGAUUCAUACAGUCCAGUUAAAGAAGUGCUAUUUUGCGAGGAAGAUCUCCAUGCAAGUGAUAUGGUAAUAGAAACAAAUUAUUUUUGUUCCAAAAGUAAUCUCAGUGCUGAGAAUUCCAAAAAUUUCCAAAUAAAUAAAUUAAAUACUAUUCAGAAUUCUAAGGUUCAAGGACUUUUAACUAAAAGAAAAAUCAGACCACUAAACAAAGUAAGCUUAGGAGGACCUGUAAAAAAAGAAAUUGGUCAAGGAGAUAAAGCAUUUCCCCAUAAUGAAUUCAGAUAUUGCAAAAAUACUUUUGAAAAUCAAAAUUUAUUUCAUGUGUUUAACUUUCUUGAUCAAAACCCCAGGGCUUUUUAUGGACCCCAGACUCAAACAGAAAUAGCAUCAUGGCAUUUGAGAAGAAUGGAAAAAAAGAGUUUAGUUUCAAAAUUUAAUAAUUCACAGGUAACUCUAAAAAGCCAGAAAAAACAAAUACAGAAUAAGUUAAAAUCAGGAACUAUUUUUAGUAAACAACGUGUUACAACACGAGCAAGUCACUUACCUUCUUUGAAAAAAGCUGUUUUUCCUGAGGAUAUUACCCAUCGUUCAGUUCAACAUUAUAUACAGAGAUGGUUGCAGAACAUUAAUCCACAUUCAGCUUUGCCACCUAAACAAUCAACACCAAUAUGCAAAAAGGAAAAGAGCAUGGUAAAUUGUAACAAUGAUUUACCAGGAAAUAAUUACCAUAUAAAAUCUGAAAAAGGAAAUAAUUUUGUUAUGGAAAAUAAUAAGCACAUAACUAAAAAUGCCAGUGUGACAGGAAAUAAUCUAGGUAAAGAGACAGGUAAAUCUUUUGACAAAGAUAACGAUAGUGAAGAACUUACCAAAGAUCUCCACAAGAGCCAGGUUGAAUCUCUGAAUGCUUGUUUGCUUUCACUACAUGAAUGUGGUACUUUGUCACAGUCAGCUAUUGAUGACCAUGAUACUAAGAGUGAAGUAUCUGUUGAAAAGUCAGGACCUUGUUUACCAAGCUUUGUUUACCAAGAAAUACACCUAUCCACAAAAGGGCAAAGUGUAGAGGCUGCCAUCCAAGUAGAUCCAAUUGAAGAAGCCACUCCAAAAGACCUCUUACUAGUCCUGUUGCUUCGCCAACUGCAAGCUUUAGUUCCCAAUAUUCACAAGACUCAGAAUGGUGUUAUUCAAAUGCCAGGUUCACUUGUAGAUGUUCCUUUCCAUUCCCCAAUAUGUAAUUCAUCCACUAAUGUCCUUCUAGCUUGGCUGCUGGUGCUAAACCUAAAGGGAAGUAUGAAUAGCUUCAGUCAAGGCAAUGAUCAUGAGACUACCAACAGAACUUCAGAACUACUUGCUCUGUUGGAGGUUCUAAAGCACAUUGCCAUCACAGAGAAAGCUGAUGACUUGAAGGCUGCUGUUUCCAGUUUAGUGGAGUCAACUACAAAUCCCUUUGGACUCACUGAAAAAGGACAAGAUGUGAUUCCAGUAUGUCUUACUGCAAAUUGUUCCACACACUCCACACACAAUGUUCAGAGAGUUACUAAGUACAUUGAAAAUGAAAGAACACAGAAAAUCUCUUUAAGUGCCAGUGAGGACUGUACUCCUGAAGUUUGUGUUUCAGAGGUGACUUGCUGUCCAUGUGAGAUGUGCACUGUGAGUAAGAUUUAUCCUCCAAAAGAGACUUGUAGCCUCAGUAACAUUUUUCCCCACAGUGAUGGCUAUAUCAUGGAUCAGACCUCUAUAAAUCAGGCUUGUUUUGUAGAGGAUUUCUGUCCACUUACUGAUGCUGUGUCUUCCCAUAAGGCACAUGAGGAUAACUGUACUUAUGAGAGAGCUUGCCCAAUUGAUGGGGCCUACAUUCCCAUCAAAUUCUGCAAUACCAAUGACUUUUUAAAUUCCAACAAAAUCACAUAUACUGAUAAUCUGGAAUUGACUGAAGAGUUAGAAAUAGUUAAUGAUGUUCAGAAAGACCAAAAUACUUUGGCAGACCCUGGGUAUAAACAUGGUUAUGAUAUGUUGGUGUCAGACCGGAAUAGCAAUUUAAGCCACUGUGACUAUUUCCUAAAUGCAACUGAACCAGAAUUUGAUAAGAAGCACAGUGCUCUAAUUGAAUUUAAAAAUUGUUCAUUAAAGAAAUUUCAGGAUGAAAAUGCAUAUGUAUUCUUUGAUCAGGAAUCAAAGACUUCUGAAGAACCAAGCUCAAUAACCAACAGUAUAACAUCAAGGGAAAGACACAUUUCAGAAUUGGAAUCUUUUGAAGAAUUAGAAAAGCAAGACAUUGAUCUCUCUAAUACAAAACUAAAUGUAGGAGAGCAAGGUACUGAAGAAUUGAUCCAGAAAGAGUUAGAGGGUAGUAGAAAUUUGGGAUUGAUAGAAGUCCCUAUAAGGAACAUUACAGAAGAAAAAAGAAGGAAUGGUGUAAUUUGUGAGACAACCAGUCAGAGGCUGAAAACACCACCAUCUUUAUUGUUUUGCUGUGAUGCUAAGCAAAAUAUCAAAAAGGAGCUCAAUGAAAGAGAAACUAAAAUUAGAGUAAAAAUGAAGAUGAAAAACAUAGAAAUUGAAAGUUGUUCAGAGUCCUCUCUUGAUUUUAAAAACUGCUUCAAGAGACCAGUGACUUCUGAUUGUUCAGACUAUAAACAUGACAGUGAGAAUGACCAACCACAUAAAAUAUCCAGUGAUGGUCCUAAUGACAAUGAUGAAGAGAUUGCUCAAGAGAAAGAAUACAAUAAAGGAUUUGUUAAAAGAACAAUAGAAAAACUUUAUGGUAAAGCAGAGAUUGUUAAACCAUCUUUUUUCCCUGGGUCUUCAAACAGACCUCAGGUUUGUCCUUACAAUUCUAUGGAAUUUCAGUGUGCUAGAAAACCAGGUCUUUAUGAUUUUGAAGGUCAGUCAUUUCACUGUUCUGAACAGGUAUCUAGUAGUUCAUCUAAGUUGCAGAAAUUUCAGGAGGAAAGGCAAGAUAAAUGUGACUUUGAUAAUCUGAGGUCCAAUUAUCAUGGGAGGCACAUUGGAGAACAUAUUAACAAACAAAGUGACCAUAACAGAAUCCUCAAGGACAUAGAGAAAGGAGUACUGAUUGACAACGGAAAGUGGCUUCUGAAAGAAAAUCAUAUGCUAAGAGUAUCAUCUCCUGAAAAUUCUGACAAGUGUGGCAAUGCAGACACUACAUCAGUGGAUACUCUAUUUGAUAAUAAUAGUAAUGAGGUACUAUAUUCACAUUUUGGAAAUUUGGCCCUAGGCCCUAAUAUGGCUGAACUAUCCUCUUCAGAAUUGGAGGAACUGACUCAACCUCUUGAACUGAAGUGCAGUGAUUUUAACAUGCCUCACUGUAGUGACUCUGAGCCUUUUCAUGAAAAUUUGUUAGAUGUUCGAAAUAAAACUUGCCCCAAAGAGAGAAUACCAAAUCAUCAUACAGAGAAUAAAGGUGAUCAUAGGUCAGAAAGAAUAUGCACAUCUGUCACUCAUGUCUUUACAACUCCCAAUAAAGUCCAUCCUGUCUCUGAUGAUACUAUUAAAAACCAACCAUUGCCUGGAAAUAAUAGUAUUCAUGGUGCACUUCAGGAAGGAGACUCUUUGGAUAAACUCUAUGCUAUUUGUGGUCAACAUUGCCCAAUACUAACAGUUAUUAUCCAACCUAUAAAUGAGGAAGAACGAGGAUUUGCAUAUUGCAAAGGUUCUGAUAUUGAAAAUUCCUUGGAACUUCACUUAUGGAUGAAAACACACCCCUAUUUACUAGAGUCAAGCAAAAACAUGAACACAUUCAAAGAUAAGAAUAAGGCAAAUAGUCGAAAAGCAUUUAUUGAUAAUGACAUUGGUGAUAUAUUUGAUCAACUUUAUUUCAGUAGAAGAAAAAAAUCAAAAAGAACCAACUUCUUGCACUUAAAGAAAGAAGAUAAUGUAAAGAAAUUUCAGUUAUAUUUAAGGGAAAGGUUUUGUGUAAAUUUCUUGUACACAUCAUUGUUAGUUGUGGGUGAUGUAAAUGCAAAUACUCAAGAGCCCAGCAAUCGGAUAAAUGAAAUGUUCGAAGCAGUUGAUGAGAAUAACAACUUAUUAAACAACAGCUUCUAGAGCUCAAGGACAAAUCUGAACCAAGUAAUAUGAGAAAAUAUCAACUAUUAUUUCUCAUUUAAAAUGCUGGGUCAAGGCUGCCUAGUUUGCCAAGUUGAGACACCCUGAAAUACCAACAACAGAAAUGUAGUAAAAAUAUUUUAUGUUUUUGAGGAUGAGAAUAUUUUCAUAUGGGAAGAGGAAAACCAAUUAAAUUUAACUGAUUUUGAAAGCAGUGAUGAAAAGGAAGAUUUUAUAAUAUCAAUAUCACAACUUUUCUUUGUCACUCAUUUUUUUCUUUAUAAUAAGAUGAAACACAUGGGAUAGGUAUGGACUAGAUAACCUCUGAGAAUUUUCUGUUUUUCAAAAUGAGUUCCCUAGAAAUCUUGUCCUUUGAUAAUUCAAUCUGACUUUCAUCAUUCCUCUGUUCCUCAUUUUCCAACAAUUACAGACUCAGUUUUUAUUCCAUUAUUUUGGAAGUUUCUGUGUAUUUUUUCCUGAUAAUGUGUAAUUUCAUAUAUCUGUAUUUUUUUCCUAGGAUGCUAUAAAUGCCCUAAAUAAAGAAAUUAUAUCUU